AUGAACAGGACGCUAGCUUCCCAUUUAUGUAAAUUCGUGGUCGUCUUCUUCGACGACAUUCUGAUAUACAACGCCAAUGAGGAGGAACAUGCCCAGCAUUUGCAACAAGUUCUUCAAUGCUUGGAAAUUAAUCAAUUUUAUGUAAAGCUCUCCAAAUGCCAUUUUUGUCAACAUUCCAUUGAUUACUUGGGUCACAUAGUGGAUGAACGCGGGGUGCAUGCUGAUCCUAGGAAGGUUGAUACUGUGCUCAAUUGGCCACCAAUUACAACUCUCAAGCAACUUCGUGGGUUUUUGGGGCUUACGGGUUACUACCGCCGAUUUAUUAAGGGGUACGCCCACACCGCGACACCACUGACCGAAUUGCUAAAGAAGGACCAGUUUAAAUAG